AUCAAAGAUAGUACAGCUAAAUUAUUUGAGUGGCAGCUGGAUCUGCACUGGAAUUGGCUUCAGGCAAGAGUUUUUGUCCUAUCAUAUUCACUUUGCUUUUGCUGAGAAACCACCGAGUUUUCUUUGAUACACAUAUCAAUGGAGGGUGAUUUGUAUUCAACAGCACAAGCUGUGACGAACACGUCUUCUCCCUUAUGGGGAAACCAAAAUCAGCGCGAUAUCGACGAAAGCUUCUUCAUGUCCAGCUCAAGAUCAGAGCUCCAGAAAGCAGCUCAUAAUCAUUCAAUACCAUCAAAUGCGGUUUCAGUAGAUGUUAUAUCAAAUUUGAGCUUCUCAUCACAACGCCAGGAGUCUACGAUCAGUUUGGCAGCCAAAUCCGGAUCAGCAGCAACAACAACUUGGCCGGGACACGAGGCUUUGACAUCUGAAUUGAUCUCAUCAUGUCCUCCUAAUUCUUGUUUGGUUAGCAGGCCUAAUUACGUGAUGAUGAGCCCUUUUAGUGGCUUGAUGACUGAUUAUGGCAAUAAUAAUAUUGUACAGUCAUCGCAAGUUGUGAACGGCAAAGCUCCGGUGCAAACGACAUGCUCUCUAGAGUCCCUGGAUUGCUUACUCUCCGCCACUAACAGCAACACAGACACUACUUCCGUCGAAGACGAUGAUGGGAUUUCGAUGAUUUUCUCCGAUUGUCGGAACUUAUGGAACACCAACAUCGUAGCAGCGGCCAGCGGUGCAGUCUCGUCCGGUGAGUCGGAGAACAACGUCGUCGUGUCGAGAAACAACAAAGAAGCUUAUAAUCGUGCAGCGAGUAACAUUAAUAAUGAGGUUGACGAAAGUAUUGCUACAGUCUUUUAUACUUCCAAGUGCUCGACAAAGAGAAGCAGCAGCUACUUCAAUCUUCUUCACACCGAUACUAUCAACAAUUCCAGUCCUUCCAGCGAAGGCGGGUUUAAGCUAAUCACAGAGAAUAUUCCGAAACCGAAGAAGGCGAGAUCAGAGAAGCAGCGUCAAGUGUUGAGCUCAUCAAACAUAAAUUUCCAACAGCCGAGCAACAAUUCAUCAAUGUCUUCUUCGGUCGAGCACGAGCCCGAUCCCGAGGCUAUUGCGCAGAUGAAGGAGAUGAUGUACCGGGCGGCGGCUUUUCGGCCGGUGAACUUAGGAUUGGAGAUAGUCGAGAAGCCGAAGAGGAAGAACGUUAAGAUCUCAAACGACCCGCAAACGGUGGCGGCGAGGGAGAGAAGGGAAAGGAUCAGCGAGAGGAUUAGGGUUUUGCAGAGGCUGGUUCCUGGCGGGAGCAAGAUGGACACUGCUUCAAUGCUUGAUGAGGCUGCGAAUUAUCUCAAGUUUUUGAGGUCACAGGUGAAAGCGCUCGAGACUUUAGGCCAGAAAAUUGACUCCAUGAAUUGCCCACCAACAAAUAUUGCUUUCUCUUUCAACCCUUCUUUUCCCAUGCAAACUACUACUACUACUACUACUACAAACCAUGUCCCAUCAGCAGUAGUAGUACCACCACUCCAAAACCCUACUCAUGCCCACCACUACCAGAGUUGAAAAAGAAAAGAAAAGGGAAAAAAACUAAUGCAAAUUGCAAAAGCUUCGCUUAUAAUUAUGAUAGCCCUAACCAUGCAUGUAACUAGCCCUUUAAUCAUUAUCAUCAUGAUCAUUUCAUUACCAAUGAUUAACAUUAUCUCCCUCCUAAAAACCCCCCAUUUAAUUUUUCCGGCCCAAGAUCCAAAUCUGUGGGUUGGUCAUUAUUACUUCUUCUGUGUGAUAUUCCAGAGUUAAAUUAAGGCUUUCGGGUACUCCACACACAAUCAUCACAGUCAUGAUCAAUAUGAUCGAUCCAGAAGGGCCAGCAGAAAGAAAGAGUUGUUAAUUUGGAACAAUUCCAUUUCCGUUCCAUUUCCACUACUACAUUUGAUUCUUCCACUUUUGUUAAUAUUCUCGACUUGUUUAAGUGAAGGAAUUAUGUGGUGAAAGUAGGAUAUGGAACGGUGGAAAUAGCGUGUAAAGCUAUCCGUGAGGAUAUGUCUACUUUUUCAUACCAAAAAAAAAAAAAAAAGCUUUGUAAUUAUACCACCUAUGAUUAUGAUCAAGGGGCUAGAAAGUGGAUUUACUACUUUAGACUUGUUUUUAUGAUUGUUAAAUGGCAUCUAUGUACUUAAAGCUCACCUU